AUAACGGUCCCAGAUUUCCACAGGGAAAGUUGUCCAUCCCGAAACCAAGCGGACCAACUAACGUUGACUCCGCUCAACUUGCAUGCGGGAACUCGAAUCCAAUAACGUUUUUCGUUGACCUUUUAUUUCACUAUUACGGGCACGGUGUCGCUAUCCGGCAGCAUCGGUGUAUGGUGUAAGAAAAAGUGGCCUCGGAUGAUUUCACACGAGCCUUUUGCUGUUGUUGGUUGUAUGUGGGGGUGAGUGUUGGCGUGAUGGGGCGGGGGCAAAGCUCGCCCAUGGAGCUCGGCUAGAGGCGUGCGCCCCUGCCCGGCUGUCCGGCCCCCCCUCUGCCGCCCACACCCAGGCCUACGCAUGGAGUCGGACCACCGGGAACACCGUUGCCAUAGGCCUAGAGCCUUUGACAAGAUGGAGGGGCUGAUGCGGGAGAUGCAAGACACGGAACAUGGGGGCGUUCCUGUCAGAAGCCAAAAAUUAUUCCUUACAUCCAUUCCGGCUGCUUUUAUGGGUUAUGAUCUUAUCGAAUGGCUUAUGGAGCGCCUCGAGAUUGAAGAAUCUGGUAAGAGUCAACUAGAGGCACUCAAUAUCGCCAAUCAACUUUGUCAGUAUGGUUAUUUUUUCCCUAUUAACGAUUCCAAAAAUUUAGUUGUUAAAGAUGACAGUUCCCUGUACAGAUUUCAGUCUCCUUACUACUGGCCUUGGCAAAAUAGACCACCUGAUAACAUUGAAUAUGCCAUUUACUUAGCCAAAAGAACAUUAAGAAACAAACAGAGACAUGGACUGGAAGAAUACGAACUGGAAGCUUUAAGUAACCUUAAGAAAAAUUUAGCAAACAAAUGGGAUUUCAUUACUAUGCAAGCAGAAGAACAAAUUAAGCUAUCGAAAGUUUUGAAAAAGGGCGAUAAAAUCGUGAGCGAUUCUCAGGAAAGAGCUUACUGGAGAGUUCACAGACCACCACCCGGAGUUGUUACCACUUUGGAGUCAUGUCCUGUUCCGACAAGGAGCUGGAAUGGCUCCAGGACCAGAAAAAGGACUAUUGAAGAUGGAAAAAGAGAGGUGGAGCUGCUAAAAAACAGUUUAUCUCGCACAAGAGUAAAAGUGUCUCAGGCAUUGGAGAGCAUGAUUCAGCACGUAGAAACUUAUAACGACUACGAUCCACUGACAAACUCUCAACUACCUUCGAAUCCCUGGGUAACCGAAGACACCACUUACUGGCAACUCAAUAGUCCCUUGGUUGACUGUCCAACUACAAUGCGAGUAAAAAGAUGGGGACUUUCAGUGGAAGAGUUGGUAUCUGACCCGACAGGUCUGCACGAAUUUACAAAUUACCUAAGAAAAGAAUAUAGUCACGAAAACAUCCGAUUUUGGAUGGCCGUCAAUGACUUACGACGAUCUGCUCAAUCCCAUAUCCAAUGGAAAGUUAGCAAAAUUUUUGAAGAAUUUUUGGCUCCUGGUGCUCCAUGUGAGAUAAAUAUAGACGGCAAGACGAUGGAAAAGGUGCACCAAGAAAUGAAAAACCCAAGCCGUUUUACGUUCGAUGCUGCCCAAGAACAUGUGUAUACUUUGCUGCUUAAAAAAGAUUGUUAUCCUAGGUUUAUUAGAUCCGAAUACUACAAGACCCUAUUGGCCAACGGGAACUAUCCUAUACAAAAGAAAAGAUUUUUUGGUUUCGGACAAACGAAGAAGAAGGCGUCGACCAGCACGGCGCCCAUCCAGAACCUGCUGCAACAGUCUGGCGGUGCGUCGGGCGGAAGCGUCACAUGCGGUGCUCUCUCCAAACGCAGGGGCAGCGACCGCUCCCUGAGUGGUUCGGCGCACGAGCUCGCCAUUAGCGGCGUCAAGGACUCCAAAGUUCCGCACUCGCACUCCCAGAGCAACCUCAGCGACAUACCUUACAGGGGAGAUUUGGUGAACAUAACCUCAAAUUCCGGUCCCUCGAUGGCUGUCGCAGUGCCCAGCCCAGUGAAAAAACCGAGCAUCGCCAUUGUUGCCGGCGCCUCCACCUCCGAGGACGUGUGUCCUUGGGAAUCAGGACCCCCCGCAACUGCGCAGGAACCGCGCAGCAGAAAAAACUCUGCGCAGUUAGACUCUGGAAGCUCGUCCUCAGAUAUCAGUGUUGCCGUUGCCGAUAUCACAGAUAGGGUACAAAGGACGAGCAUCUUGCAGCAACAGCACACGUUAGAUGGCGGCGGCUGUGGUAGAAACCUGUCCGCAAAGACUGCGGAGCCAGUGCGUCGCGCAUCGGUGUCGGUCCCCAUAACGCACCCUACUGCCGACAGCAGCGACGGCGCCAAGCGGAAAGUGUCCUCUUUCGAGGACAAAACAUCCACGACGUCGUCCACCUCGGUGUGCGCGUUACCCAGUGAAAAAUCGGACUGUUCUAUCACUAGUACUAAUACCAAUAAAACGUUAUCGAAAAGCCAAUCUCUGGCGAAAACUUUCGCAGUGGCCCCAAUUAUCAGUGUCAGUUCUGCGGCGGAUGACCUGCCGACGGAAACAGAAUGCACUGAUGACGACGACGACGGCAAAACUUCAGAGGAGACCGUCGUAGCGGCGGCGGAACCGCUGGCACCGUUAGCGGUUCCCGACAGCGAGUCUCCCGCCAGCGAAGUACCGCCGUCUGAAAUUUCCGAAGAAGUUCCGGAGGCGGCAGAAUCAACUACCACUUCAGCAGGUGAUGGUGAGGUCGAAGCCAAAAGCAACGAUGUGUGUCCUUGGGAAGACGAGGAAACAUGUAAAGUGGACACACCAUUCGUGAAGACCUACGCUACACUUGGAUAUCUGUAAUCAUCUUCCAGAAAAUGGCACUGCUGUCCAUAAUAAUUGCUUACAUAAUAAAUGCCUAAAACUAAGUUAAGUUGGAACAGUCGCAAACAUAAUAAAGCAAGUACAGAUAUAGUUUCAUCUUAUUGAAAGACCUGGUGAGGUUUUGGAAGAAGAGAGUUUUAGAACGGUACUAAUGUUUUGAAAAAAAACUAUUAGAAACCUUUCAAAGUAAAUACUAUCUACCAAAGUUGGUUCAGGAAUGAAGGUUUAGAAUGCAACCUCAUCAAGUCAAUCAAUAAUAUAAUUAUUAUGAUGAAUCCGGUAUAUUUAAACUAAACCAAUUGGCAAAACCUAUUGACUUAACUCACAUAAAACGAAAUACCAUUGGUGUUUAGUUGAAGAAAUAGGCUUUCUAUAUUAUAGAAAAUGUGAAAAAUACCAAUAAAUAUCCUUAGGCUAUAUUUCACGUUACAUAUAAAAGGUGCUUCGUUUUAUCAAAUAAGACCAAUAGAUUAAUCCUGUAACAAACAUUUAAACCAUACUUAUAUCUAGUUGCCUAUAACUACUGACAUUGCUGAUUUUUUUUAAUGUUACAAUGAUAUUAAAUCAAGAUAGCAUAGUUGUAGGAUAAAGAUCUUGGUGUUUUGAUGUGCUUUUAGAAUUACAUAAUCUACUGAAAAUCAGUAAUGUCAAUAAUUGUAACCAUUUUAACCCUUUACAACCCAUAUUUUAAGUUCUGAUAGCUCCGUUCGAGCGAUACAAUACAGGUGGUUUCGGAGUUGUCAAAUCAAAAACCAAAAUCUCUUCGGCCGUGUAUUUGAGUGUCGAAAGAGUGCUUUUUCGAUGCCGUCAAAGUCCCCACGGAUAGGAAUGUCUGUGAGCCCUUAAAUUCAAAUCUGUGGCUGUUGACUUUGUAGCGGCAAAUCACCCAGUCAGGUUUAAAGCACAGGUUUAUAUUUCCGCCCGAACGUCCAGAGUUAUAAUAUAGUGUUAAUGUUAGCAUAUGUGGUAGAUGUGAAAAUAUAAGAAGAUUACAAAAACGAUAAAAACUACAAAAAAAUCGUGUUUUAAAAAAUAAUGCUAAUCUCAAAUCACUUUCACGUUAAACUUAAGCACAUAUAUUAUCUUAUGUAGUUUUAGAAUGUGUUGUAGACUUAGAAUAUGUAGUGGACGUAAGGGUAACCCAUCGCUUAAGAUCUGACUGACAGGUUUAUUUUUAACCGCCGUUUAAAUGUUUGAUACACGAAUCAAAAGUUUUACAUCCUCCAAACAAGCACAAACAAGAGCAUUUAUAUUGUGUGAGUAAAUUUUGAAUAAUCAAAUUAUUAACCUAAAUAUUUGUAAGGGCCAUUUAAGCCUUAUUUUGGCCUAUAAGCAUAUUAUUGUUAAAUUAUUCGUAGAUUGACUGUUAAGCUUUGAAUGAAAUAAUAAAUGCCUGAUCAGACAUCAGCACGUACAUAAGGCUUGAGAAAACGGAUUAAUACUCAAUUAACACUAUGUUACUUAUUAAAGCUAUUUUUAUGAUAAUAAAUGUUUCGUCUUUUAGAGAUAAAAGUUGUGGUAAGCGUCUGAUAUUUCAAACAAAAAAAAUCGUAAUAACCAGACGCAGAUUGUUAGCAAUGUAUAUAGUUUUAUAAUAUUAGGUAAUAUACAUUAUUAUUAUUAUUACUAUAAAAUGUUACCACUUAAUGUUCUUAAAUAUAAAAUUUAUUUAAUAGAAUUGUUAAUAGAUAAUGUUAUUAUAAAAAUAUUGUAGUACAAUAAAUAAAAUAAUCCAGG